AUGAUAAAAAGAUGGUUAUCUGUGAAUAGGAAAAAGUCACACCCGGAGAAGAACACUCAAGGUAAUGACGAAAUUAAUCGGAAAGCAACUAGCCUGAAGAAAACGAAAGGUUCUGGAGAUCCCUCCAUAGCGAAAUCACCAAGUGCUAAGAGUAGUACAUCAAGCAUACCUUCUAAUCUUGCGAGCCAUGAAAGAAGAAGCAAGUUUAGUAGUCAAACGGAUAACCUUGCAGGAAAUAAACAUUACCAUGAGCAUUACCAUAAUAUGGCAAGUACUUCAGAUGAAAGAGAGUACGAUUCCUCGACUACAUAUGAAGAUCGUGCGUUCGAUACAGAGUCCUCCAUACUAUUUACUACUAUUACAGAUUUAAUGCCAUAUGGGGAUGGUUCCAAUAAAGUGUUUGGUUAUGAAAAUUUUGGGAAUACUUGCUACUGCAACUCCGUUCUACAAUGCCUUUAUAAUAUCCCCGAAUUUAGGUGUAAUGUGCUGCGAUAUCCUGAAAGAGUAGCCGCAGUAAACAGAAUACGCAAAAGUGAUUUGAAGGGUUCAAAAAUAAGGGUAUUCACUAAUGAAAGUUUUGAAACAUCUACUAAUAGCGGAAAUUCUAAUACGGGGUACCAAAGCAAUGAUAAUGAAGAUGCACAUAACCACCACCACCUUCAGCAGAGUGAUCAAGAUAACUCCUCUUCUUCUACUCAAGAAAAACAGAAUAAUUUUGAAAGAAAAAGGAACUCGUUUAUGGGUUUUGGAAAAGAUAAAUCGAACUAUAAAGAUUCUGCAAAGAAAGAUGAUAACAAUGAGAUGGAACGGCCUCAGCCUGUUCACACAGUUGUAAUGGCCUCUGAUACAUUAACAGAGAAGCUUCACGAAGGCUGUAAAAAAAUUAUUGUGGGAAGACCGCUUUUAAAGCAAAGCGAUUCCUUAUCAAAAGCUUCAACUACAGAUUGUCAAGCAAAUUCGCAUUGCCAGUGUGAUUCACAAGGCAGUAGGAUUACAUCAGUGGAUGAUGAUGUCCUUGUUAACCCUGAGAGCUGUAACGAUGCUGUCAACAAUUCUAAUAAUAAUAAAGAGAAUACGUUUCCAACAAGUGAACAAAGAAAAAAAGCCGCUUUAAUUAGAGGCCCCGUUCUUAACGUAGAUCAUUUACUUUAUCCAACCGAGGAAGCUACACUUUACAAUGGACUAAAAGAUAUAUUUGAGUCUAUUACUGAAAACUUGUCGCUAACCGGUAUCGUUUCACCUACAGAGUUUGUCAAAAUUUUAAAAAAAGAAAACGUCUUGUUCAACACUAUGAUGCAACAAGAUGCCCAUGAAUUUUUAAACUUUUUAUUAAAUGAUUUCAGUGAAUAUAUUCAACGCAAUAAUCCCAGAAUGAGAUUCGGACCACAAAAGACAGACAACAGCAACGACAACUUUAUAACGGAUUUAUUCAAAGGUACACUGACGAAUAGGAUCAAAUGUUUAACUUGUGACAAUAUCACCUCAAGGGACGAACCAUUUUUAGACUUUCCAAUAGAAGUACAGGGUGAUGAAGAGACUGAUAUCCAGAAGAUGUUAAAAAGCUAUCAUCAGCGUGAGAUGUUGAACGGGGUUAACAAAUUUUAUUGUAACAAAUGUUAUGGUUUACAAGAAGCAGAACGUAUGGUCGGACUGAAGCAACUGCCCCAUAUUCUGUCAUUGCACCUAAAAAGAUUCAAGUAUUCAGAGGAGCAAAAGUCAAACAUCAAACUUUUUAACAAAAUACUCUAUCCACUAACUUUGGAUGUUUCUUCCACUUUUAAUACAUCAGUAUAUAAAAAAUAUGAACUAAGCGGCGUCGUCAUCCAUAUGGGGAGCGGUCCACAGCAUGGUCAUUACGUAUGCAUUUGCAGGAACGAAAAGUUUGGGUGGCUUUUGUAUGAUGACGAAACGGUGGAAUCCAUAAAAGAAGAAACUGUGUUACAAUUCACAGGUCAUCCAGGUGAUCAAACUACAGCCUACGUUUUAUUCUAUAAAGAAACACAGGCUGAUAAGACCGAAAAUCAAAAUGAAAAUAUAGACACUUCUAGUCAAGAUCAAAUGCAGACUGACAAUAACAUUGAACAGUUAAUAAAAUGCGAUGAUUGGUUAAGGGAUCGUAAAUUGAGGGCAGCUGCAAAUAUUGAACGCAAAAAGACCUUGGGGAAUAUACCUGAAGUUAAGACUGCAGAAACCAAGACGCCAUUAAAUGAUAAAAAACGCAAUAAGCAAAAAAGAAAAUCGAGAAUAUUGAGCUUCAUCAAAUAA